AUGGAUUCAAUCAACACUCAACUCGAACACACUGAAGAGACCAAUGUCAAUGAACCUGAAAUUGCAGAACCAAUGGAGUUAAAUGAAAAUCAAGCACCACCAGCAGAAAAUCAAGACAUGGCUCAAGCACAAGAAGUAGCAAAUCCAGAACCAAACUUGGAACUAAGAAGAUCACAAAGGCAAAGAAAACCUGCCUUAGGAGAUGAUUAUUUUGUAUACCUACAGGGAGUAGAACAUGAUGUGAAUAUCAUGGAAGAUCCUGCAACAUUCAAACAGGCCAUGACAAGUGAAAAGAAAGAAAACUGGUUUGCAGCAAUGAAGUCAGAACUGAAUUCAAUGGAGAAAAAUGGAGUCUGGAAGCUUGUGACCUUACCUCAAGGUUGCAAACCAAUUGGUAGUAAAUGGAUAUAUAAAACGAAACUGGACUCAAAAGGACAGAUAGAUAGGUAUAAGGCAAGAUUGGUUGCAAAGGGAUUCACACAGAAAGAAGGAAUAGAUUUUAAUGAGACUUUCUCACCGGUCUCGACCAAGGAUUAUUAA